CACGUCAACUUCCGCUUUCUUUCCUGCUUCAUGGGCUGUUUUGGGACGCCCUUCGGGCGAGGCGACGACUUGUCCGAAAAAUCAUGGAAUAAUUUCCAUUCAGGCCUCGACAGACGUUCGGUGAAGGAAGCGGUAUCGUUCGCUUUGUGUAAAAGUGCUGGAAGAGAGUGAGUAGAUGUCACGCUGAUUUCGAGGCGAGUGUUUUUUGCGGAACGGGAACGAGUACGACGACGACGACGACGAUGCAGACGUUCUCUCCCACAAACGGAGAUUUCACGUUCGUUUCCUCGACCGACGCUGAAGAGCUCAGCGGUUCAAUUGAUGCCCCGGAUGUCAAACUGAACAUGGGCAGCGGCGACACUUCGAAGGAUGCCUACGCGACCACGUUCCUGAGGCAGCGCGGAUAUGGCUGGCUGCUCGAGGUUGAGGAAGAUGAUCCUGAGGACAGCAAACCUCUCCUUGAGGAGCUGGACAUCGACCUAAAAGACAUUUACUACAAGAUCCGUUGUGUGCUAAUGCCAAUGCCGUCACUUGGCUUUAACCGUCAAGUGGUGCGGGAUAACCCUGACUUCUGGGGACCUCUGGCCAUUGUGCUUAUGUUCUCCAUGAUCUCCAUCUAUGGUCAAUUCAGGGUGGUGUCCUGGAUUAUUACUAUUUGGAUAUUUGGAUCUCUGACAAUCUUUCUGCUGGCACGAGUCCUUGGCGGAGAGGUUUCUUAUGGACAAGUCCUUGGAGUGAUUGGAUAUUCUUUGCUUCCACUCAUUGUCAUUGCCCCUUUGCUCUUGGUUAUUGGGGUCUUUGAUGUUGUUGCUACACUAAUAAAGCUCUUUGGUGUUUUCUGGGCUGCGUACAGUGCUGCUUCACUGCUUGUGGGGGAUGAGUUUAAAACAAAGAAGCCUCUUCUCAUAUACCCUAUUUUCCUUUUAUAUAUCUACUUCCUGUCUCUGUACACCGGAGUCUAAUUGGACUGGUUUGGACCCCUGUGAUUGAACAGUGAAGUACUGGACUGUGUUUAAAAAAAAAAAAAAAA